AUGUUUUUAAAUAAAUCAAAAAAGGGUGAUUCCAUAUGUGCGAAUCGAGCAAAAUAUGUAGCGAGCCCUUUUAAUAAUAAUGAUGCAAAAACAAAGAAUGAUAAUUGCACAAGUAAAAUAAUGAGUACCAUUGGUGUUUGUAAAAUUGUGGGCUUUUCUCUUUUAUUAUGGAUAAUAGAAUGUUCGAACGUGCAUUCUAGUGGAGAAACAAAGAGAUACUACAGCAAUGAAAAAGCUAGUGGUUUGAUACACAAUAGAUUAUUAGGACAACCAAUUGUUGAAUUUGAUGAAGUAUUCGAUAUGUAUCAAAGUAGUUUUUUGGAUAAAAUGGGAUGUGAUGACGCACAGAAGGGGCAAAUUAAAACCAUGAUGAAAUCAUAUUUCGAUAAAAUAGAUUUGUCUGCCUUAGCUCAACAAUUUCAACAAAGCCCAUGUGGUAUAUCUCAAUGUCCACCUAUAAGACCUGGUGCAUUCCCACCAAUGAAUCCCGGAAUGUUUCCUCUUCCAAAUGCAUGUAUGAUUAAACCACCAUGCCCAAAUUUUAAUCAAGGAAUAGAAUCACAUGUGAAUAAAGAAGGAAAAAAGGAGGGUUCUACGAAUUCUGCUCAUGAUGGUCAAGUAACGGAAGAGGAACAAAAUGGAAAGAAAGAACAUAAAACAAAUAUAAUAUCACCAUGUACUAAUUCUAUGAGUGGUCCCGUUUUUCAAUACCUUAACUUCUUCAAUUUCUUGUGGUCUUUCUCGUUCAUUAUAGCGAGUUCACUUAUAUCAGCAGUUUUCGGGCAGUAUAAAAUUUCUUUUUCCUUAUUUUCAAUAUUAUUUUUGAAAGUAUUUAAUUUUAUUUGGGGUCUCAAAAAUAUGCAUGAUAUGUUUUUUCCUUCAAAAAAAUAA